AUGCAGGCGGGCACCAAGGAUGGGUGGUCGUGCCAGCUCAAUUUCGCCUACCCUCCACACCUACAGAGCACGGCCGAGGCGGCGACCGCGUUUGACUUGCUUGCGAUGUGGCGCCAGCACCAGAUGGACAAGCCGUUGACCGCCAGGCAGUACAACCUGGGGCUGGAGCGGUACAACGCGCAGCGCGCCGCCCUUCUGCUGUGCAAGACGGCUGACGAGGCGCGGGAGCACGUGCGGCGGCUGCACCACAACGGCACGAUUGCCAGGCUGGCGGCAGACGUGCCGCCCCAGGGCGGCCCCUUGAGCGCCGCGCCAAUGGGCAGCGGGGCCAGCGCCGACCAGGCCAGAGCCGCAGCGGGUCUGGCCCUGCUGGCCGCAGCUGGCGACGGGAAGAAGCGGAAGAAGGGCGGGCGCAGGGGCGUGGCCCCCUCAGGCCCCAAGCUCAACCUGCGAGUGGCGGGGUUCAGGACGGCGGCCGAGGCGGCGGGCGCAGCAGACCUCCUGCUGCUCUGGAGAAGCGCCGCCUACGGCCGCAGCGCCGCCGGGAUCCGCCUCAACUUUGAGGCGGCGCGGUACGGCCAUGGCCGCCUGGGGCAGCUGCACAGGGCCCUGCUGGCGCUGCUGAAUCCAGAGGAGGCCAGGGACCGGCUCAAGGUGGCGAGGGAUGAGGGCAUCUUUGCGGCAGAGGCAGACACCACAGCUGCAGCAGCAAUAGCAGGAGCAGAGCCCACCAGCAGCGGCAGCGAUGAGCACGUCGGCGGCGGCAGGGGCCGGGGCGGCGGCCAGGGCGGGCGCGGCGGCCGGGGCCGGGGCCGGGGCAGAGGAGGGCGGGGCGGCAGGGGCGGGCGCGGCGGCAGGGGGCGCAGCAACAAGCAGCCGCCGCCGGCGCCGCCCAGCAGCCCAGGCUCCACCCUCCUCUCAUCAGAAGAGGAGGAGGAGGAGGAAGAGGCAGCGGCGCCUGCCCCAGCAGCGACCGCGCGGGGCGGCCGUGCCGGCGUGCGGCCCGCUGCCCUGGGCGCGGCACCGCCGUCUGGGCAGCGCUACGGCACCGAGGUUGUGGGGCAGCGUGUGCGGGUGUACUGGUCCAAAGAGGCGGAGUGGUAUGGCGGUACCGUGGUGGCCUACAAGCAGGACAAGGGCAAGCACAACAUCGCGUACGACGACGGCGACAAGCAGCUGCUUGACCUGUCAAAGGAGAGGCUGGAGUGGGGGGGGGAGCCAAGCGAGGAGGAGCAGGAGGAGGAGCAGGAGGAGGAAGAGGAGGAGGAGGAGGAGGAGGAGGAGGAGGAAAAUGGCCCGACGGCAGCGCGGCUCCAUCUCGCCACCACCGCCGACGCCCCCGCCCGCCCCGUGUCUGCGGCCGCGGUGCUGCACGCCGCGCAGGCGGUGCGGGAGAGCGCGGAGCAGAUGAGCGCUGCGCUGCAGGAGGCGCUGAGCGGUACGCCGGGCAUGCGGCAGCGGGACGUGGUCGCCUUCCUGGCCAGGUUCUGGGAGCUGCGGGACCUCAAGCGCAUGGUGUUCAUGUCGCUGAUGCGGCACCACGCCGCCGGCCGCCACGACCUGCUGCGCACCGCCGUCUGGCACUUCACGAGCGCCUCGUGA